CCAAAGCGAAGUAAACCAAAAUUAUUCCAAGAGUUUUUUUCUUCCCUACUUCCUCCGGUCGUCUGCCCGUCUCGAUCACUUCUCCCCUCCUUACUCUCCUCCGUCCAUUUCAAAAUCUCUUUUCCCGCCACUCUCUCACUCGUUCCCCCAUCCCUCCUGUACCCUCUCAUCACUCCCAGAUGGAGCGGCUUAACUCGGAGAUGUAUGAAAAGUACAAGAAUUUGAAGAAAAAAAGGAAGUUGCUUGAUGAGGAGUGCAGUCGUAAAAGAGAAUCCGACAUAAGGAAUUAUCAAUCGGCUACGGAGAAUUUGAUAGAAGAACUGAAGAAUCAAAAUGACGAACUGCGUGCAGAAAUAUCUUCUAUGCAUGAGCGAUAUGCUGAGUGCGAAAAGCUUCUUCUUGAAGAGAGCCAGAAGAAAAACGAGCUCUCUAAUGAAGUUGGGAGGCUUCAGAAUCUUUUGUCACAGAAGAAUGAUGUUAAUGACAUUGCACUGCUGAGGUCUCCCAAAACAAAUUCUAGAGUCCUAUCAAGAGAGAAAUUCAGAACUCCACCAAUAAAGAAGAAGGAAAACUCAUGCACCAAGGAAAGCGAAAUCCAAGAUGGAGAUGCAGCUAUUGUUCCUUAUGGCAGCUAUCAAGAGGAGCAGAUUUUGCCAGACUGCUGCAGAAGAAACUUGGCCUGGUCAGGAGAUGCAGCAGGAAAAGGUCAGAACGAAUGUGUGUUUCAGACUCUUAUUGAGUUUUUAGUUGGCAUGGAAUUUUCCCUAGACAGUCAAACCCAAGGGCUAACAUUUUCAGUUGUUCACCAAAUUAGUGGCUAUGCUUUCAGCCUAACAUGGAUAAGACAUGAAGAUCGAGAAGGUGAGCUGAUGUACCGUGUUUUUUCGCUUGGGACACUAGAGAGGAUAGCUCUAGAUUGGAUGAAGGAAGAUAUGAUUUUCAGCAUGACCAUGUUUCCUAUCUUCUUUGAAAGAAUAUCAAGAGUCAUCGGUCGCCAUUGAUUGUAGUUUAAUCCAUCCUUGCCUUCAUUCAGAGAUUUAGUUUUGAUUCUGAAAUUUGAUAUGGGAGAGCGAACUAGAAGCAGAAUUUGAUAUUUUAUUUUAGAUUAGAAUUUAUUGAAAUUUAAUUCAAGAUCAUGAAAUUUUAUUUUGUAAGACAUUUGAUUUAGUUAUUUGAAAUAAAAUAGAACAUUAAUUAUUUAAAUUUUCUUUCACUGUUGCUUUAUGAUAUCUAUUUUGAAAUACCUUGCAUAUUUA